AACAUUGUAGCCAGCGGCCAUUUUUAUUUUGACUUGUACACAGUGGAAAAAUCGACCGAUUAAAAAAGUGAAGGAAAAUGAAUUUUGAAUGCCAAAAUCAUUAAAAAGUUUUGUGAAUUUUAUUUGAAUCCACUAAAAUCUGCAAAAUGUCCGGUUCACAACGUUCUUUUGCGCAGAAAUUAACGAAACAUAAUUCUUCGGAGUUGCGAAAAAAUGCAGGAAUUUCUCAUUUGCAAACAAAGACCGUGGAUACCGGCUCGAUGUGUUCAUCAACACUUUCACUGACCGAGCCUGUAGAACCAUUGGAUUAUGAAGAAUUUCUCACUCAACAUAUGAAUAUUUUGAAUAGAGAUCCGUUGAAGCACAUUCUUGAUUUUCCACCUGCAGAUGUAGCUGUCAAAAUCAUACCACGUAAAAUACGUACGAUUGAACAUAUUGUGCCAAAGGAAAAUAUUGCUGAAUUACCCAUACAUGUCCAGGAAUGUGUUAACUGUUAUACACGGCCCUGGAAGGUAGUCGAAUAUGCACAACGUCACUACUCCAGUUCGUGCUGUGCACGCGAGCGUAUCGACCGUGGCACUAUCAGUCCUUCUGCUUAUCAGCAGGAGUUUGAAAUCGAUAAGGAAUUUGCCUCUUUCGAUGAAAAUCUAACAGACAAAAGUGACAGCUGUACACCCAGUUCACGACAAUCGAUUGCCAGCUUAUCUUCGGUGAGUUCAUGUACAGAUACUUUAACACCGAGAGGUUCGUGGGCCAGUUUUGAUUUGCGUCGUUCUGUAAAUGAUCCAUUAAUACCCAAUUUGCUGGAUGAUGUACCACCAGAGCAAAUUGAUCAGACAAAUGAGUGCCGGCGUCAAGAAGAUCGCCAAGAGGCACUUUUUUCGUUAUACCCCGAAGCUGAUCCUGAAGAUGUUAUCGAACGUCGUUUACCCGCUGAAAUACCUAUGGAACAUUUGGGUCAUCGUAUACUCGUGAAAUGCUUACAGUUACGUCUGGAGUUGGAGGUAGAGCCAAUUUUCGCCACCAUGGCAAUAUAUGAUGCAAAGGAACGUAAGAAAAUAUCUGAGAAUUUUUACUUCGACAUGAACUCGGAUAAUUUGAAACGUAUGCUUAGCACACAUGUGCGUUGCGCCGACGCAAGCACACAAAGUCGUGCCGGUAUUUUCGAAAUAACAUACCCGAGCAGUGACAUUUUUCUAGUCAUACGUUUAGAAAAAGUAUUACAAGGUGAUAUCAAAGAUUCGGUAGAGCCUUAUUUGAAAGACGACAAAGAUAAGUACCGCGAGAAAGCCAAAUCGAAUGCAGCCGACUUUUGUGAACGUUUGGGCAAAUACCGCAUGCCAUUUGCAUGGACUGGUAUUUAUCUCAACAGCAUAUUUAAUGGUGAGAAUGUGGAAAAUAAGGAAGGUGCUGCAGGUAAUGCCGAGAAAGAUGGCGCUGGAGGUGGAAAUUUGACCUCCGCCGUUAGCUCCAACAGUUUGGAUCGUAAAGCAUCUACUAGUAGCUUUGAUCAGCUACGCCGCAAAGCUAAUGAUAUGAGUGGUACUUUAACACGUCGCGGCUCUUUGGAACGCAAAGAGAAGCGUAGAUCCUGGUCAUUAGAUGAUUUCGCUAACGUCAUUGAGACUUUCCGGCCGAUAACUAUUACGGUGUCGAGUUUCUUCAAACAAGAAUCGGAUAAAAUGAAAGAUGAAGAUCUUUACAAAUUUUUAGCUGAGCUAAAACGCCCUAGCAAUGCUAUGAAAAAGUAUAAAUGCAUACCCGGUUCUAUAAAACUCGAAAUUUCACCUUGUCCCGAAGAGGUAAAAAACGCACUCACGCCCGAACUGGCUAAAGUCGACCCCUAUCCCGAGGAUAAAACACGCCCCAUCAAAGAAAUACUGGAAUUCCCCUCAACUGCGAUAUAUAAUCCACACUACACCUACCGUAACUUGCUCUUUGUCUCACCAAAAGAGUUGAAUUUCUCUUCACGCGCCGGCUCCGCACGUAACAUUGCUGUACGCGUUCAACUAAUGGCUGGUGAAACUCAAAUGGAUGCGGUUAAUGCAAUAUUUGGCAAAUCUUCUUGUCCUGAAUAUGCCAGCGAAGCCUUUACAGCUGUCAAUUAUCAUAAUAAAUGCCCAACAUUCUAUGAUGAAAUCAAGUUUGCUUUACCAGCAACUAUCAAACAAAAUCAUCAUCUCUUCUUUACCCUCUAUCAUGUGUCGUGUCAAAAGAAACCACAAGAGAUGCAACCAUCAGUUGAAACACCAGUUGGUUAUACUUGGCUGCCAUUGCUGCAGGAUGGCAAAUUGAAAGUGGGCGAGUUUCAGUUGCCUGUUAUGGUUGAGACACCACCAGAGAACUACUCUUUCAUACCACCCAAUGUACAUUUACCAGGUACCAAAUGGCUGGAUAAUCACCGGCCAGUUUUUACCAUUACCGUGGACGCUGUAACGGCUGUACACACAUUGGAUCCACAUUUAGAUGGUUUCUUUCUCACCUGCGAUUAUUUGGAUUCACGUAAAAUACCGCCACGCAUCGGUGAAGGCAAUAUGGAGAAUGAAAUGAAAAAAGCUUUGCUGGAAAUUGCUAGCGCCGAGCGUGAGCCACUGGUAAAGAAUCUGCAUUUGGUGUUGGACAAAUUAAUAGAACUUUUAGUUACCACUUAUAAAAUAAGUGGGCAGCCACUUUCUCUGGGCUCGACCGUAUUCGAAAUGCUUUGUAUGGUCUCCGCAAAUUUAUCGAUCUUAAACGAUGAUUUAGUUGUCGAUCAAUAUGGCCGCCAAGCGUUACUUUCCACGUACGUGCAAUUCCAAUGCCGCAUACCACAUCCAUUCGGUGGCAAAAGACGAAUUACCUACAGCCGCAGCAAUGCUGAAGAGAUGACUGCUAAUGCCGCCGAUACGUAUAGUCUUUACGAAAACGUAUCCAUUGGGCGUAGUCUCGAUCGCAAAGAACAUACACUGGAAUUAUCGCCAACAUUCGGCAGUCGCGAUGGUCAAAUACGUUUACUGCACGAAGAGUUAGCUUUGCAUUGGGUGGUCGCCAGUGGCAAGGCGACCGAGCUUGCCAUGUCCAAUUCGUGGUUCCUCUUCGAAUUGAUUGUCAAAUCUAUGAUUGAGCAUUUGGAUUACAGCUGCGCAUUGUCCGCACCACGAAAACCACGUUUUCCACAUCAAUUCACCGAUGAUAUCUCAACACUUGUACAUUUGGUAACCACCAAAGUGGUGGGCUAUCACAGCGAGGAGCCAAAGUUGGCGCAAUCAUUAAAUGCCAGCUUGGGCUUCUUCGUCUUUGAUCUUUUCAGCAUAAUGGAUCGUGGUUUUGUAUUUGGUCUCAUCAAAACUUAUUACAAAGUGUUGAUCUCGAAAAAUGCUUCAAUACCGGAUUUGAUGAAUUAUAAAAUAGACUUUCUACGCAUUGUUUGUAGUCAUGAGCAUUUCGUGGCGUUGAAUUUACCAUUUGGCACGCCAUACACCACAAUUUCUGCGCCCUGCAGUCCAACACCGAGCACUACGUCGAGCAACAGUCAAACUUCUUAUAGCUCCACAGAACGCGCUUUACAUGCAGAUUUGAGUGCUGAUUUUCGUCAGCAACAUUUUCUUGUCGGUUUGGUGUUAAGCGAUUUGGCAACCGUGCUGGAAGUGCCCAAUCCUCAGUUGCAUGGCAAAGCUAUACGUUGUAUACGCAAUUUAAUGACGUCACAUGACUUAGAUCCACGCUAUAGUGAGGUGGAAGCGCGUGCGCGUGUCGCUUCGCUCUAUCUGCCACUACUGGGUGUUGUGAUGGAUGUUAUACCACAACUGCAUCAAUAUCUCACAGACACGCACGAUCGCCUGCAAAGCAUUGGCCUGCUUGAAGAUUAUCAAGGUCCGCACCAAAGCCUUUCCUCCUCUACCAUAAAUCCAGAUUUUUCUUACACUAAUUCUGGCCAUCGUACCUACAACUAUUUAAAUGAACAGAUAAAAAAUAAAUCACAAUUGAGUAGCGAAAAUACACGACAUUUGCUCGCUUGUUGCAUUUGGGUACUAAAAAAUUUGGAACGCACCAUCUUAUAUCGUUGGCUGCUUGGCCUAAAUCCGCAUCGUGUACAUCAAAUGUUACAAUUAUUGAAUACUUGUAUACCUUGUUUCGAGUAUAAAGGUCAAAAGCGUUUGCCCUCACUCAAACGCAAUACACAGAGUUUCCGUAAACCAACUGAUUUGAAGGAGAAGCUCGAGGAGUGCAUACGUGGUACAAAUUCAGCGCGUUACGAUCUCAUCAACAGACGUAAAGAUCGUAAUUCGACAGAGAAAUUUCGUUGGCGCAAAGAUCAGAUGCCAUAUCGUUCACAAUUCUACGAUAACGCUACCAAAGCGGAUCCCGAGCUUGAGCUGAAUCAUUUCAUAGAAGGUUCGCUGGCCACGGAGAUAUCUUUGAUUAUCUUGGAUGCCCUGGAGAUUAUUGUGCAGGUUGCGACUAACUCGGAAAUGCAUCACAAUCUUCUGGGCACAGUGCUGAAGGUACUGCUGCAUGCCUUGUCGCGCAAUCAGAGCACAUUAUCAUUGCAAAAUCAAUUCGCUUCGCAACGUUCGCUCAUCUUCAAAUUCCCCAAUUUGCUAUUCGAUGAAGAAACAGACAUUUGCGCUGAUUUAUGUUUGCUGCUGUUAAAGCAUUGUGGGUCUUUGCUGCCUGCUAUACGCUCGCAAGCCUCGGCUUCGCUGUAUUUGCUAAUGCGUCAGAAUUUCGAAAUUGGAAAUAAUUUCGCGCGCGUCAAAAUGCAAGUGACCAUGUCUUUGAGCUCUCUGGUCGGCACCAGCUCUGCUUUUAGCGAACAAUCCUUACGUCGUGCGCUCAAAACCGUCUUGGUAUACGCCGAAUCGGAUCAGGAUUUACAGGAAACCUCAUUCCCUGAGCAAGUACAGGAUUUACUCUUCAAUCUGCACAUGAUACUUUCAGAUACCGUUAAGAUGAAAGAAUACCAGGAAGAUCCGGAAAUGUUGCUCGACCUCAUGCACCGCAUAGCUAAAGGUUAUCAAAAUAAUCCAGAUUUACGUCUCACCUGGUUGGAGAACAUGGCAAAGAAGCAUCGUGAACGUGCUAAUCAUACCGAAGCCGCGAUGUGUUAUGUACAUUCCGCUGCUCUAGUUGCUGAAUACCUCAGCAUGUUGGAGUCACAACAACAUUUACCCGUAGGUGCUGUUAGCUUUAAGCAUGUCACACCGAACGCACUCAUGGAAUCAGCUGUUUCGGAUGAUGUCUUGAGUCCCGGCGAAGAUGGCAUUUGUUUGGGUAAUCAUUUCACCGAAAGUGGUUUGAAGGUGUUGUUGGAAGAGGCGUCAAAUUCGUUUCAAAUUGCCGGCAUGUAUGAGGCUAUGAAUGAGGUUUAUAAAAUUUUAACACCCAUUUGUGAGGCGAAUCGAGAUUUCCAGAAAUUGGGCAAAAUUCAUGGUAAAUUACAAGAAGCCUUCAAUCGCAUCGCACAGCUGCAGGGUAAGCGAGUGUUUGGCACUUACUUUCGCGUAGGUUUCUAUGGCACGAAAUUCGGUGAUUUGGAUCAGCAGGAAUUCAUAUAUAAGGAGCCGACACUAACGAAAUUACCAGAGAUCUUCAGUCGACUGCAGAACUUUUAUGCCGAUCGCUUCGGACCCGACUCGGUGCAUAUAAUUAAAGACUCCAAUUCAGUUGAUGUUAAUUCAUUGGAUCCCGAAAAAGCAUACAUACAAAUAACCUAUGUGGAGCCGUAUUUCGAAACCUAUGAACUGCGGCAUCGUGAAACCUAUUUCGAGCGCAAUUUCAAUAUAAAACGUUUCAUCUUCGCCACACCCUUUACGAAAUCGGGCAAAGCACACGGUGAUCUACAUGAGCAAUGCAAACGCAAAACCAUACUCACCACAGCUAAUCAUUUCCCCUAUGUGAAGACACGCAUACAAGUGAUAGCGCGUCAACAAAUCAUAUUGGAACCCAUAGAGGUGGCCAUCGAGGAUAUACAAAAGAAGACCGUUGAGUUGGCAGCCGCCACCAAUCAGGAGCCUGCAGAUCCGAAAAUAUUACAAAUGGUACUACAGGGUUGCAUUGGCACAACCGUUAAUCAGGGACCCAUGGAAAUGGCUACAGUAUUUUUAACGAAUCUCUCCGACGGCAUAACGGUGCCAACCAAACAUCAAAAUAAAUUACGUUUGUGUUUUCGUGAAUUCUCCAAACGAUGCGCCGAUGCAUUGAAGAAGAAUCGUAAUCUAAUAUCGAGCGAUCAGAAGGACUAUCAACGGGAAUUGGAACGCAAUCAUGAGCGUUUUGUAGAACGUUUAACGCCGUUCAUUACAUUAACGGUCGCACAAGCGCAGGGUGUUGUGAAAGCCAAUGCUUACAUCCAUAAGAGCACACCUUUGAAAUGGUAAUUUAUCACCACUUAGUUGGCAUAAGGAGAAGUAUAUAUAAUGACAAUAUCAUGCACAUAAUCAUAUAUUUUAUGGCACUUUGAUUGGUUUUUUGUUUAAUUGCAAAUUCUACACAAAUUCUCGUAUCAUCUAACUGUAUUUUCUCUACCUUCCCACCAACCCUCUUACAUGUCUGUACCUAUGGAUUUACACGUGGACCACCUUAAAUGUAAUUUUAAUACUCAACAUUUUUUUUUCUUAGUGUUUCUGACUAUUUUAAGUAGAAUAUUAGUUUUUUUGAAACAUUAUACACAUGAAUAUAAUUAGGUAUUACGCAUUAAGUUUUAUAUUUGUAUAAUUUUUCUCGAAUUUAGCAAAAAUGUUUAUAGUACCUACAUAUGUAUGUAUAUGUAUCUGUACUUAAAAGACUUGAUUGGUAUGGUCUAAAUCGAAGGACUUUUUUUACUUUAAAUUAAAUUUAUAAUAAAAUAAAAAAAUUUAAUUACCUGUUUAGUUCCUUUAUUACAUUUAAUGUUGUUCACUCAAAAGAUUUUCGUCCUUCAGUUAAACGCCGUAUCAUUCGUGGUACAAUAACCAAAAAAAAAA